AAAAGUAGUCGAUACAUUUCGGCAGUCUUGUUACCAAUCAGGUCACAUUCAAAAGCUGUUCCAAAAAACACAAUUAAAGAAAAUGGUGUUAAACAAGUUUACGUUAUUAUUAUUAUUAUUUGUUAUCGGGUUAAUUGAAGCGUCUAGAAUUCUAGUCUCAUGUCCUUACGGCACUAAAAGUUACCAGAAUAUGUACGUACCGUUGGUCAAAGAAUUGGCAUUUAAAGGCCACCACAUCACUGUCCUAACCAACUACCAGAGCUCCGACCUGGACCAGACGGCCAACGUCAAUCAAAUCGUUUUCGACCAAUUGGCCAUCAACAUGUCGCAUUUCCCCAAUCCGUUCGAUGCGAUGCUUUCCAAGAUGAUCCUGCUCAAAUCCAUGGCUCUCGGCGUGGAAAACAUGUUCACUCGUCCCGGGAUCAUCACUGAGACCCUCUACAACGACCAACGAGUCAGAGAAUUAAUGGCCAAUAAUCAUUUCGAUCUGGUCAUGGUCUCCAUCACGUUCAACGCCGCAAGUUACCCACUGGCGUGGCACUUUAAAGCGCCUCUGGUCAUGAUGACCCCCAACGCCAUUUUUCCAGGCGUCAUUACGUCCCUGGGCGAGGAGGAACAGCCCAGUCACGUCCCGUUUUUCAUGAGCAGUUUCACCAACCAGAUGAACCUCUUCCAGCGGACCGUCAACACCUUCACCACCCAUCUGUUUGGCUAUUUCAUCCAUCAGUUCCAUCACGACAAAAUCCAUGCGAUCGUUCGGAAGACGAUCCUGCCGGACUGCCCACCUCUCCUGGAAUUGGAGAGAAACAUUUCGCUGGUCUUCACCAACACUCAUCCGUCGUUGAAUUACGCCAGGGCCAUGCCGCCCGUCAUAGUCGAGGUGGGCGGAAUUCACUGCCGCCCGGCUCGCCCGCUCCCGCAGGAUUUGGAAAAUUUCCUGAGCGAUUCCGAUGAUUUUGGAUUCAUUUUGUUUGCCGUGGGCAGCAUGUUGCCCAUGGAGAAAAUGGCCGAGGAUCUGGCCCAGUCGUUCAUUCAAACGUUCGCCCGGCUGCCACAAAAAGUUAUUUGGCAAUGGAAGGGAAAAGUCAGGAGCGAUUUACCAGCAAAUGUUUUGGCCAUCCCUUGGCUACCGCAGCAGGAUCUAUUGGGACACAAAAACUGCAAGCUUUUUAUAACUCACGGAGGUCUGAAUAGCCUUCAGGAAGCGGUUUAUCACGGAGUCCCGGUCCUGGGAUUGCCUUUCGGGACUGACCAGAAACUAAAUAUGAGACGGGCAAUCGACGAUGGCUACGCAACUAAACUGGCCUGGACUGAAAUCAAUCAGGAAUCGUUGACGAGCGCCAUUAUCGAUUUAUUGUACAAUAACAAUUCCAACAACGUUAGUUAUUCAACGGCGGCUAAGAAGCAACACGAUUUGUUCCACGACCAACUGCAAACUCCGCUGGAGAGAGCCGUUUACUGGACGGAAUUCGUGAUCCGUCACGGGACUGAGCAGCUGAAAAUGGGUUCGCGCCAUUUGAAUUCGUUUCAACGCAAUUUGAUCGACGUCUAUCUCAUCAUCAUCAUCUCGGCCAUCGUCCCGCUACUCUUGACGUUCGUCUGCUUGCGGAUCUGCUGUUGCCGUCGUCAAGGCAACAGCCAAGUCGACACAAAUAAAAAGAUGAAAUAAAUUAAUUCCAACAAA